AUGGCGAGCCUCAGCCUCGAUUUUCUCCUCGCGAUAGGGUUUCGCUUCAACCCGUCGCCGCAGGAGAUCGUCUCCUACUACCUGCCGCUGCUCAUCGCCGGCGAGCAGCCCGAGGACACCAGGGACUGCAUCCACCACGCCGACGUCUACGGCGCCGAUAUGGACGUCGAGCCGGGGCGCCUCGCCGGGCGGUUCGCGCCCGUGGCCCGGAGCACCAGUAGCGACCGGUUCUUCUUCACGGCGUGCAGGCGGGUCAAGAGGAGGGUCUCGCGCAUCGCCGGACGCGGCACCUGGGUGGCGCAGUCGACCACGGACGUCAAGAACGAGGAGAAGGUCAAGAUCGGCGAGCUCAAGACCUUCAAGUUCAAGAAGGAGAGGGGCCGCGACGACUACAGCGACUGGCUGAUGGAGGAGUACCACUGCCACCCCGGCGGCGAGGAAGCCGGCGAUGUCGAGCCCGUCGUCUGCCGGAUCUACGUCUCCCCGAGGGCGCCCCUGCACUCGCCGGCGCGCCGAGAAUCGGCCGCUUAUCAACCGCCGGAACACGCGCAGCCGCUGGGCCCUACGCCGGUGCGAUCGGCGCCUCCGCGACGAGAGCAUCUGACCACGCAGCCGCCGCCGCCGCCGCCGUCCCUCCUGAAGAGGGCCCCGCCGGUCGCCCAGCCGCAGUGCUCCAAGAAGAUGAGAGGUGCUAUUCCGUUGAGCUCGACGUACGUCAUCGCCUCGGGCGGCUGCGGCGUCGUGUACCGCGCGCGCGACCGCCGCUCCGGCGAGACCGUCGCCAUGAAGUGCAUCCGCGCGUACCGGGGCGACGGCGGGGAGCUCGUCGACCGCUCCGACCUCGGCCGCGAGGUCGCCGCCAUGGAGGCCUGCAGGGGCCACCCGUACGUCGUGCAGCCGCGCGCGCACGGCCGCGGCGGCGGCGACGACGGCGAGGCCGUGCUCGUCAUGCAGUUCGUGGGGCCGACUUUGCGGCACGUCCUGAGGCGCGAGCGCGGCGGGAGGGCAGGCCGGUCGGAGCUCGAGGUCCGCCUCGCCAUGCGGCAGCUCCUGUCCGGCGCCAAGAGGAUCCACGACGCCGGCCUCAUGCACCGCGACCUCAAGCCGGACAACGUGCUCGUCGACAGCCGCGGGAACCUCAAGAUCUGCGACCUCGGGCUGUCCCAGAGCACCGCCGCGCCGCCGCCGUACUCCAACCCGAUCGGCACACGGUGGUACUGCGCGCCGGAGAUCCUCGGCUCGACGGACUACGACGACCGCGUCGACUCGUGGUCACUCGGCUGCAUCAUGGCCGAGCUGCUCACCCGGAAGCCACUCUUCCGCGGGAGCUCAGACAGGGAGCAGCUCGGCGAGAUCCUCGACGUCCUUGGCGUCAACGACAUUAAGCAGUGGCGAGGCUACAAGGGGCAGCGGCUGCCCGGAGGCUGCGGGCCGGACAGCUUCCUCCGAUGUUUCUUCCCAUGUCCGGCGGAGGCCAGGAUGCUCGGCCGGCCGGCGCUGUCGGAGGCCGGCUUCGAGGUGUUGAGCGGGCUUCUGACGUGCAACCCGGAGAGGAGGAUGACGGUGGAGCAAGCGCUCCGGCACCGGUGGUUUAAGGAGCUGGACAGUGCCAGCCUGCGACAUCGCCCGUAG